GAAAUCGGGCCGUUGCGAUCGCGUGACAUUUCUCGUGCGUCGCGUUUCGUCCAAACCGACAGCAUCAACACGCGUCUCGUCGUCGCUGAUGAGAAAUAAAGUCCGCGAUGCCGAUCGUGGCUUAGAAACUCCGUCUCCGGACGGGGGAGGUUUAUACGAGACACGUGUACGUUUACGAGACGCCGUGAGGUAUCGCUUAUGCCAGUAGAGGGUCGUACAUCGGUCUCGCUCUGGUGAUUACUGAUGGGUACAAGUGUUCUCGUCGUGGGAGUAGUGACGAAUACACAAAAAUCGAGAACGCGGCGUAACGACGACGACGACGACGAGGAUUUUAUAUGAGACGAUUCUACGACCCUUAAUGUCUCCAUCGUGAGAUCGCCGUCGGUAGCUUAUACCCUACGCGCGAGGGACGCGAGCUCCUGCGGGACUCGGGAUCGACUUGUGGGUGAGGAGGAGGGAAAAACGGACGGAUAAGAGGCAAGAUAAGGACGAUGGGGGUGCCGGAUGUGGAACAGGCCAAGAGGCGACUCCAGGACAUACUUAGGCGAGCGCAGAAGCUGGAAAUACCGACCCAGGAAGUGAUCUCGACGAGAACAGCGCGCAAAUUGCUCGCGAGGACACGCAACGUCCUAGCGUGGACCAUCUGGAUCGGCGUCUUCGUCGUCCUGCUCAGCGGCGUCGUCUAUGCGCGUUGGCCGACACGACAGGACGUGGAGACCGUCAGGACUGUGCUGAGGCGAACAUGUUCCAGUACAGCUUCAGGCGAUUUCUCGGAGCGAGUAGCGGCGCUUCUGCAAUCAUCUUCGACCCAGGACGACUGCUAGUAGUACGCGCUACGAUAUAUGACAGCGCUUUCAUCCCUAAUCCAGCACAUCAACGAGAGGGGUAAAGGGGAAGGUGCAGCCGAAGGGAGAAGCGAUUCAACACGCUCCAAAUGAUUUUUGUCGAGCUAAUCUGUAAGCUUUAAGAAGAAAGCGAAAGUGUCGCGGAGACAAACGAUUGUCAGAGCAAAUCGCGAUUUUCCUUGUCUGAAAAUCGAUCCCUCUUGAGGCUCUUCUCUUUCGCGAGAAAAUCGAUUGGGCGCUCGAUAUCAUUGCUCACAAGUUAA